CGUUCGCUGCAGUAGGCAUCCUCAGGUCCUUGGAUCCCACCGUCGACCUGCCCCACGCGCCAGACCACUCUGAAGACAGCAUGACCGAGGCGUCCUUUCGCGAGGAGAAGAAGGAGAAGCGCGGCUUUUGGGAGCGUGCGGGCGUGCGGGACAGAGAUAGAGAUAGAGACAAGGAAAAGGACAAGGACAAGGAGCGCGAAAAGGAGAGAGACAGGGAGCGUGCCCGCGAACGAGAUCGCAGAGAGGACGAGUCCCACCAUGCAGACCUCACCAGGAUGAUCGGCUGGCUCACCGCCACAGCGUCCGAGGACUGGUCGCUCGUUCUCGAGGUCUGCGAGCGCGCAUCGUCCACCGAGGCCAACGCAAAGGAGGCCGCAAAGGCCCUGCGCAGAGAGUUCAAAUACGCCGAGCCAUCUGCCCAGCUGUCUGCUGCACGACUAUGGGCCAUCAUGCUCCGCAACUGCUCCGAACUCUUCAUCACGCAGUGCGCGUCCCGCAAGUUCCUCGAUACCCUCGAGGGCGUCGUCCAGUCGUCUCGGACAUCGCCAGUGGUCCGUGAGCGGUUAUUGGAAGUGCUUGCUGCGGCUGCGUAUGCGAGCAAGGAGGGUACCAAGGAAGAGGCGUUCCGUACGUGUUGGCGCAAAGUCAAGCCCACGGACAAGCCAGACGAGGGAGUGCCAUUCGAUACCGGCGACGCCAUGUUCUAUCCUCCCACCCCACGGUAUCCACCACCCCUCAACGCGCAAGCGGCAGCAGAGCAGCCGCACACACCAUCGCAACGGCCCGCAUUGCCGCAUAAAUCCAAAACGUCGUCGCGCCAUCGCGUGAUACCACUCGAAGAGGACAUGCGCCGCCUCUUCCAGGAGUGCAAGGUCGGCAAGGGGAACGCCGCCCUGCUCUCCGAGUCGCUCGCCUUCGCCAAGCCCGAGGACCUCAGGCAGAAGGAGAUCAUCCGGGAGUUCUACGCGCGCUGUCGCGCGUCGCAGGAGCUCAUCUCCGCGCAGAUCCCCUGGGCGUUCACAGGUGCGGAGCGCUCGCGGCAGGACGCGCACCGCAACGGCGAGCAGCGGGGGCCGGUGCGGCCGUCGAUGGAGUCGAACCGCACGCGCACGGACUCGCAGAUCUCGCGCACGACGUCGGAGGACGGCCAGCUCACGCAGGAGGAGCAGCUCCUGGCGGCGUUGCUGGCGGCGAACGAGGACCUCAUGGAGGCGCUGCGGCAGUACGACGACCUCGAGCGGGUGGGCAUGGAGCGCGAGGCUGAGGAGAGGAGUCGGAAGGAGACAAGGAUGGACCGGAAUCAGCUCCGGUACGAGGAUCUAAACCGUUCGCUUGGGGACGCAAGUCACGCAAACCUUGCCGCUGCCUCUUCCUCCCGUUCCCCGUCGCCAUCGUCACCUUCCUAUUCCCCUACUCCAUCUUUCGUCGUCACACCCGUCCCGCAGCCAAAUUCACAUUCACACUCACAUCCUCUACCUCCUAUACCCACACAUGCAUCGACGAAUCACGCACCCCCCCACACGCUACCUCUCGCAGCACAGGGUUCUAUCCAGUCGCUCGCGCCGCCACCACAUGCGCCAAUGGGGCCGCGGUCGCCUGUGCACAACGCCAUGCCGCGCUCGCGGACGCCCUCGCCGGACCAGUCGUCCACACGGCACAACUACGGCUCCCGCAGCUCGCUGGAGAGCAACCCCGGGGUCCUGGCGCGCGACGUGAGCCGCCUGCGCCUGCACGACAGCGACGCGGUGGACGAGCGCGGGACACCCCUGAGGCCGAGCGCAAAGGCCCUGGGCAAGCGCAAGGUCGUCGACCUGGCGCCAGAUCCCUUCGACCCCGACGACAUGUUCCACGACCACACGGACGAGUCGCAGCGCCCGAGCGACGAGUCCGACUCGGACGACGGCAGCCGGCACCGGCACCACCCGUGGCACCACCAGGUGCAUUAUGUGUACGAUGCCGCCGCCGAGCGCACGCAGCAGCGCAUCAAGGAGGGCCGACUGGCCUCCGCCGCGCUCGUCGGGAGCGUACACUGAUCGACAGCCAAAAGCUGGGCCGACUUGGCUUCUGUCCGUUCCUGUUCAUUGUUGUCUGGAGCCGUGUUCCAACUGUAUAGGAUAACCUUGUGUGGUGGUUUGGCGCAGCUCCAUGUUCUCUAGCAUUCAUUUAUUGGAUUGGCAUUAAAUU